ACCGGAAGGGCGCAGAUGGAGAAGCGCGAGGAGGAGGGAGCAGCGACGGCGGCGGCGGCGGCGGCGGCGGAGGCGGUAGGGGAGGCGGAGGUGAACCCGUGGGAGGUGUCGGGGAAGAUCGACUACGACAAGCUGAUCGACAAGUUCGGGUGCCAGAGGCUCGACCGGUCCCUGAUCGAUCGCGUCCACCGCCUCACCUCCCGCCCUCCCCACGUCUUCCUCCGCCGCGGCGUCUUCUUCGCUCACAGGGACUUCAACGAGGUCCUGGACGCUUACGAGAGAGGGGACAAGUUUUACCUCUACACCGGCAGAGGGCCGUCGUCCGAGGCUUUGCAUCUGGGCCACCUGAUCCCUUUCAUGUUCACCAAAUAUCUGCAAGAUGCCUUUAAGGUUCCUCUGGUAAUUCAACUUACCGACGAUGAGAAAUGCAUGUGGAAGUCCCUCUCUGUGGAAGAAAGCCAAAGACUUGCAAGGGAGAAUGCUAAAGACAUUAUUGCUUGCGGUUUCGACAUAACAAGAACUUUCAUUUUCUCUGACUUUGAUUAUGUUGGUGGUGCCUUCUACAAGAACAUGGUGAAGGUUGCUAAGUGUGUCACAUAUAAUAAGGCUGUGGGUAUUUUUGGUUUCACCGGUGAAGAUCAUAUAGGAAAAAUUAGCUUUCCACCAGUGCAGGCUGUACCUUCUUUCCCAUCUUCUUUUCCGCAUCUAUUCAGUGGAAAAGAUCAUCUUCGAUGCUUGAUCCCUUGUGCAAUAGAUCAGGAUCCUUAUUUCAGAAUGACUAGAGAUGUAGCUCCCAGAAUCGGAUAUCACAAGCCUGCGCUGAUUGAGUCCUCAUUCUUCCCCGCUCUUCAGGGGGAUACUGGGAAGAUGUCAGCUAGUGACCCAAAUUCGGCCAUAUAUGUGACAGAUUCUGCAAAGGACAUUAAGGACAAGAUAAACAGAUAUGCAUUUACUGGUGGACAAGACACCAAGGAAAAGCAAAGACUGUAUGGUGCAAACCUGGAGGUCGAUAUACCAGUGAAAUACUUAAGUUUUUUUCUUGAGGAUGAUGAUGAGCUUGAACAUAUAAGGACGGAGUAUGGAUCGGGACGCAUGCUAACUUUUGAUGUGAAGAAGCGUCUUAUUGAAAUCCUGGUUGAGAUAGUAGAGAGACAUCGACAGGCUCGGGCUGCUGUGACAGAUGAGAUGGUGGAUGCUUUUAUGGCUGUGAGGCCUCUUCCCAGUAUGUUUGGUUGAAGCUCGAUUCUCAGCCAGUGUAAAUUUCCUGGCAGUGAGUUGUGCACGAUAAAGUUUGUUUGUUUUUUUUUCUUUUCAUUUUUCCUGUCCUUUUUUUCCUAUUUUAGUCGUCGAUCAAAAGCCAAAUCAAGGGCUACAUCUUGAAAAUUCCGGGAUCAGUUUGGAAUUCAUUCUGGAAAACUAGUGCUGUACUGAGAACACUCACUGUUUGAGCCUUCUUCAACAGUCAGCCGUAAGAUCUGGAGAAAUUCUCACUCGCAUUAAUAGGUUAUUAUCUGGCGCAUCAUUGUAAAGAUUAUGUUAAAUAUAGCUUUUAAGUAA